AUGAAUGCUUGUGUCUGUGAGAAGUGUGGAAAAGAAUUCAGUCGAAGCGACAGCUUAAGACGGCACAUGAGAACCCACACAGGGGAGAAACCCCACAGGUGUGUUGUGUGCGACCAGCAGUUCAGUCAGCACGGUCAUCUGAAGAGACACAUGCGCUCUCACACAGGGGGAGACCCUACACGUGAGGAGUGCAGCCGGCUGUUCAGGCAAAAAAAUCAUCUGAAGACUCACAUGCAGACUCAUACUGGCGGAAGGAGUGAGACGCAGGGGUCGUGGAGUGUGACGCAGGGGUCGUGGUUCGUCACCAAACUCGUGGAAAUGCUAGACAGCGGUGCUGGGAGGGUCAGGGCUACUGGCAAUGAUAGUCGGAAAGCAGAUGCAGAUGCCACCGUGAUGCAGAUGCCACCGCAGAUGCAGAUGCCGAUAAAUGACAAAGAAGAAAGCAGAUGCUAA